AUGGCAUGUGUACGAAGUGUGACUUAUUCUAUCCUUAUUAAUGGUAAGCCUACUCCUCCCUUCAAUGUUAAGAAGGGAUUGAGGCAAGGGGACCCUUUAUCCCCCUUUCUUUUUGCCUUAUGCGUGGAAUAUCUGAGCAUAUUUUUUGGAGAGCUCCAUUUCAUUCCAGACAUUAGUUACCAUCGUGAGUGUGAAAGAAUACAUCUUAAUCACUUGAUGUUUGCUGAUGAUCUGCUUCUUUUCUUUAGAGUAAAUCACAGUUCAGUCACUAAAGUCUUUCAAGCCUUCAUGAAGUUCUCUGUUGCCUCUAGGCUUCCAGCUAGUCCAGAGAAGAGUAAUAUCUAUCUUGCUGGCGUUACUAAUGAUGAAGCUAGAAUUCUAGCUAAAGCAUGCAAUAUGAACAUAGGUACUCUGCCUUUUAAGUACCUGAGGAUUCCUUUAAGUUCUAAAAAGCUCAAUUAUACACAGUGUAAACCUUUGAUUGAGAGGAUCACCUCUAGAGCUCAAGGGUGGGUGGCCAAGAUGCUCUCCUAUGCAGGAAGACACCAAUUAGUGAGGAGUAUUCUCUACAGUAUGCAAAACUACUGGGGGUAUAUAUUUCCUUUGCCAAAGAAAGUCAUUAAGGUUGUUAAAGGCAUUUGUAGAAGAUUGUGGGUUAAAUCAGUGAAUGCAUACUACAUUAAAAGGCUGGAUUACUCUACAGUGACUAUCAGUGACAACUCCUCUUGGCUGUUGAGGAAGAUUAUUGAAAGUAGAGAGUUAUUAGUUGAUCUGGGUGGUUGGAAUACUAUCACUAAGGAUGGCAAAUUCAGUAUCAAUCAAGCUUACAAGUUGCUCAAAGGGGAUGCUCAAAGGGUAAAUUGGAAUAGGCUGAUUUGCAACAAUCAGGCCACUCCAGAAAGCAAAUUUGUGUUAUGGCUGGCCUUGCAUAACAAAUUAGCCACUGCUGACAGGAUCAACACCUGGAAUAUUUCUUGUAGAAUAAUUUGUAGCCUCUGUGAUAGUGUAGAUGAGACCAUCCAACACUUAUUCUUUGAUUAUCCAUAUGCAACAUACAUCUCGAGUAGAAUUUGUCAUAUUCUUCACUCCACAGGGCAGAGAGUUAAUUUUGAGCUUGAGUGUAGAGUUUUCAUUGUUAAAGCCAGAGGUAGUAGUAGGCUUGCUAGACUAUACACCAUGUGCUUUACAAAAAAACAGUUUAUGUUAUUUGGAAUCAAAGAAACAACAAGGUUUUCAAUGGGAGAGUUGCUCCUAGUCAUCAGAUUGUAA